CAUCUACGGAGUAAACAUUUUGAACAUCCUCAGCCUCUACUCCCCUCGCUCGCCCUGCACUAAGACGGACAAGCCCAAGCUCCCUCUUUAUUUCUUAGGCUAUCUACUGCUCUUUCCUCGCCUUGUGCCUCGGGAUGGCCUCCUUGAAUACCUCCUCCAAUGGUCCUUCGAUCAAAUCCUCAUACAAUGGGGUAGUCAACUCCGCGCAGCCCUCCGGUCCAGCCGCGAAUUCUCCAACCUAUGGCCAGUGGGCAGUUUUUUCCGUGUCAGCACCUCUCGUAAACGCUUUCCAGCAAGACAGCGGUGGAAAGGAAAGUGUGCUCAAAGUACAGAGUACUGGAGGUAGGUUCCAGCGGUUGCUGGCGUGGAUGGUGAGAAUACCCAGCUGACCAAAACACCAACAGAGGGUGAGCUAUUAGAUCUGAUCGAGGACUUUUCCGAAGGCCGCGUUCAGUUUGCCUUUGUCAAGGUCAAGGAUCCAAAUACGACUCUACCCAAAUACGUCUUAAUCGCCUGGGUAUGUACUUCUUAGGAGGAGCAAAGUGCGGGGGUCGAAGAGCUUACGGAAUUCCAGUGCGGAGAGGGUGUCCCAGAGAGAACGAAGGGCUAUUUCACCAGUCACCUUGCGGCUGUUUCCAAAAUCCUACAUGUAUGUUGAUCCCAUCGCCUGGCUAAAAGAACAUGGUUCUUACGCUUUCUUUAGGGAUACCACGUACAAAUUACCGCUCGUUCCGACCGCGAUCUCACCCCAGAAGGCAUAGUGCAAAAGGUUGCAGAUGCUUCUGGAGCAAAAUAUUCAGUAGCCAGUUCCGCUCCCUCGUCCUCCGGACCUCCUCCUCCCAUAGCUUCCAAACCUAAACCAGCAUUCAACCCAACACGAUCAGGUGCAGGAGCAAGUUUCAACCCCUUGGCAAGCUCUCGGUCAAGGCCUGGUUACAAUGAUACCAAUGUAGAUGCUGAUGGAUGGGGAGCAGAUGCGCCUGAAGUUACUCGAUCACAGCUUGAGAAAGUUGCACCAGCAUACAAACCAACGAAAGUGAAUAUGGCGGAGUUAACGCAACAGAAGCAGGAACCUUCGAGAUUUAACGGCCGGCAAAAAGAGGAAGGUGGCGAUGUGGUUAGAGGUGGCUAUAAACCAAUUGGGAAGGUAGACAUCGCCGCCAUCCGUGCUCAAGCCCAGAAGAAAGAUGACGACAGACCAACAAUUGUCAAAGGUGCAUACGAACCAGUCGGAAAGGUCGAUAUUGCAGCUAUUCGAGCCCGAGCUCAGAAGCCUGGAGAUGACGGAGCUCGUCACAUUUCACCUGCUGCAACGGGCGAUGCCAGUGAACAACCAAAAUCUCUUGCGGAUAGGUCCUCGGCUUUUACACAGUCAGAACGAAUCACAUCGAUGCCAAAACCAAAAGUAGCCAACAAAUUUGGAUCUUCCGCAAGUAAUUUUAGUGGUACUAAGGCGCCAACUCCUGGGGUCUUUGGACUGCAAUCUGCUCCUGCAACAGCAACUCCAGCUCCAGUUGGCGCAGCAAGCAGAACAUUCGCAGAUGAGGGUGGAAAGACUCCAGCACAAAUCUGGGCCGAGAAAAAGGCUCGGGAAAGAGGUCUCAGUGGAGCUGGUAGUACUCUUCCUCCACCUAUUACAUCUCCGAUCAGAAGCCAAGCAAGUGGAGGAGGCGAAUGGAAAAGUGGUUAUUCUGGAAAGUCUUGGGCGCCAGUUGCUACCAAUGCAACUGGCCGCUCUGGCGCCGGCAGUAUUGGACAUCAAAGAACAGGAGAAGAUGAGCACGAGCAGGAAGUCCCGUCAUCGCCAGCUGGUGGUAUUAGUGCCAUUAGAGACCGAUUCAAGGGAGGAUCCGCACCAAUGGGAGCACCAAGUAUUCCAAGAACAGUCACUGGUGACCAAUCUCCUCCUCCACCACCUGUCAACACCUCGAACCGACCUACGGGCGGCGUACCUAUGCCAGGUCUUCCAACACGACCUCGUCAGGAUGAGGAAGAACAAGGUGAAACUAACAUGCCGGCACCACUUCCACGCGUCCAACGUAGCCCGACCCCACCAACCCCGGAACGCGAAAGUUCUCCUGUCCGAAUCGCGAUGCCAGUUGCCCGGGGUAGAGAUCACGAAAUGGAAGCUCCUGAGGAACGAAACCCUCCUCCAGCUCUUCCCACAGCAGCUAUUGGAAGGAAUAUACCUCACGAGGAUGAUCUAACCGAAGAACCAGCCGGACACGAUCCAGCUCGUGGUGCAGGAGUCGCAGUAGCAGCAGCCUCGUUCGGCGCAGGAGCAGCAGUAGCAGCGGCUUCGUUUGGUGCUCAUGAUGACGCUGCCAACGAAAGCUCAGGCGGCGGUGGAAAGCGAGCCCUCAUUCAAUACGACUACGAAAAGGCCGAGGACAACGAGUUGGAACUCGUAGAAGGCGAGAUCGUAAGUAAUAUCGAGAUGGUGGAUGAGGAUUGGUGGAUGGGCACCAAUCAAAAAGGCGAGAGUGGACUGUUCCCUAGCAAUUAUGUCGAACUUAUUGAGGAGGAAGAGGAAGCACCUUCCGCACCAGCGCCGGCUUCUCGUCCUGCGCCUCCGCCUGCACCGGCUCCUGCUGCCGAACCGGCGGCUCCUACUGCUACGGCGCUUUAUGAUUAUGAGGCUGCAGAGGAUAACGAGUUGAGUUUUGAGGAAAACGCUACUAUCACUGGCCUUGUAGGUUUUUUUUCCUUGUUUUCUCCCCUUUCUUCUCCCAUCUGUGACCUUUUCCUUUGGGACAUUGGGGGAUUUGGAUGGAUUUGGGUUUGUAGACGAUGCUAAUUUUUGUUCCAGGAGUUCCCUGAUGAGGACUGGUGGUUUGGACAUUAUAAGGGUAAAUCGGGACUCUUUCCCGCCAACUAUGUACAGCUUGAUGAAUAAAUGGGAUGGUACGUGUCUUGGGGGUUGUUAAGGGAGUUGGGAGAGGGAGAGGGAGAGGGAGAGGUUGAGGUUGAGAUUCAGGAUCUCGUGGUCAAAAUGAAAAUGCAAAUUGGCGUGAGAGCAGGUGUGGGAGAGAUGAUGAUGUACUUAGGCUCAGGGACGAAGAGGGGAUAGGAUGGAUGGAAAAAAACAAAAGAAAAGAAAAGAAAAGAAAAGUGUAGUAAGCAAGCGUGCAAGCGUGCAAAUGCAAGUGAAUAGAAC